AUAUAUAAACAUACCCAUCAUGUAUCACAUCACAUCACAUCACAUCACUUACAUCACUCACUGAACACUUCUGAAUGCUGAACUUGAUACAAAAUAUGGCUGCUGUCUUUACAGCACUGUUCAUUCUUGCAGGACAUCCAAUGGUGAUGGCUUAUAACAUUGAGUCUAUGCCUUGGAGAAACAUACAACUGAAGCAUGCUGCUGAAGGCUUUGGCUACAGAGUGAUUCAGCACAGUGACUCAAGUCUGUUGGUGAGUGCCCCUCUAGAGCAGCACGGUGUGGAUAGGAGAGGACGGGUUUACCAAUGCCAGGUCUCAGACAGCUCCUGUUCACCACUACAAAUAAAUGUUCCCCCACAUGGAGUCAAUAUGUCCCUUGGCCUUUCAAUGAGCAAGACUGAAACAUCCACAAAGACCAUGGUUUGUGGCCCAACCAUCCCAAAAGAGUGUGAAGGAGUCACUCUCUAUGGUGGGAUGUGUUUCAGCAUUGAUCCACUUCACUCUGGACUUCAAGAAGGACCUGUGCCAGCCUCUCUUGAAGCUUGUAAAGAUACUGAUAUCGUUUUUCUGCUGGAUGGGUCUGGGAGUGUGGCAUUUUACCAGUUCAGUGCCAUGAAAACAUUUGUGAAAAAUCUCAUCAGAAGACUCCUGAAGCCAUACACCUUAUUUGCCUUUGUACAAUACGCCAGCUACACUAACAUCCAUGUGAAAUUCAAUCAGUUUGAGAGAACAAGAUGGGAAUAUCAGCUGGACAGAAUCUAUCAGACUGGAGGAGGCACAAGAACUGCAGGAGCCAUCCGGACAGUUGUAAACAAUGUAUUUGAUUCCUCUGCUGGAGCGAGACCAAAUGCCAACAGGAUUCUCAUUGUCAUCACAGAUGGACAGUCAUGGGAUUCUUCAGACUACCCCAGUGUCACAGCUCUGGCUGAUGGAAAAAACAUAAUUAGAUAUGCCAUUGGGGUUGGCAAUGCCUUUAACCAUCAGUGGGCACGCAAUGAGCUCAGGAGCAUUGCAUCCUCACCCGUACCAGAUCACAUGUUUAAAGUGGACAGCUUUGAGGCACUCAACAAAAUCAGCAGCAAACUGGAGAAGAGCAUCAUUGCCAUAGAAGGAACCCAAAACACUGGUGGUGAUGCCACAACGAUGGAAUUUGCCCAGAAUGGAUUCAGCGCAGCUCUUUUGUCAAGGCCAUAUGAGAGGUUUCUAGUGAGUGUGGUUGGGGCAAAUGAGUGGAGAGGGGGUUAUCAGGACAUCCCUCUAUCCAGCAUGAGGCCAAGGUUUAGGAGGGUUGAUCAGGUCACUCCUGACAGUUAUGUUGGCUACUCCAUGGCUGUAGCAAAUGGUUACCGAGAGAGCUACAUAGUAAUGGGAGCCCCCAGGUAUGACCACAAAGGCCUUGUCAUGGUCUUCCGUCCUGGAAACACACUACUGAGGAGUUUCACACAGUCUCAGAUCGGGGCAUACUUUGGAGCAGAGGUGUGUGUGGUGGAUUUGGACGGAGACUCCAACACUGAUCUGAUUCUGGCAUCUGCCCCCAUGCACACAGAGGGAGAGAGAGAGGGAAAAGUGUUUGUCUACAGCAUAUCAUAUUAUCAGUACUUCUACUUCUACCGCUACUCCUUCUACUUUCAAUACACCAGCGUGCAAGACACCGGCGUGUCCCUGCUGGGGAUGGAGGGCCAGAGGGGGAGGUUCGGCUCGUCUCUGGCCAGCCUGGCUGACCAGAACGGGGACGGUAUCAGGGACGUGGCCGUGGGAGCUCCUCUGGAGGAUAACGGACAGGGCAGCGUGUACAUCUUCAACGGGAGGAUAGGAGGAAUCAACCCCACCUACUCACAGAGGAUUGCGGGUUCGUCGGUGCAGUCCGGACUGCGGUUCUUUGGGCUGACCGUGGCCCAGUCUGCUUUGGACCAGAGUGGAGACGGACUGCCUGACAUCGCAGUCGGGUCCAAAGGAGCGGUUCUGCUGCUCAGGUCCAGUCCCAUUGUAUCUGUACACACAAGAAUGACUUUUAGCCCUACCAAAAUUCCUGUGUCCAUCUACGACUGCUCUAACUCCCAACAGAUCAACGCGUCUGUAUGUAUUAACAUGACCAAAAUCACCAAAGGCACCUUUACAGAUCUGCAAGCUGAACUCAAUUACACAGUGACAUUGGACUAUCUUCGGCAAAAAUAUCGGGCGAACUUCACAGAUGAGGAGCGGGAGAGAGAUCGUGAGACGACUAUGAUGCUUGGGGAGAAGUGCUUCCUGCAUACCUUCUAUGUGCAGUGCUCCCCAGAGGAUGUUGUGAAUCCUGUGGAAGUCCAGGUGGCCUUCUCCUUCCAGGGGCUUCCUAUCCCGUCUGCAGACCAGCUGACACCAAAGCUGUCCAGCAGCUCUCGCAACACCACAGACCACCAGUUAAACUUUGAAAUCGACUGUGGACAGGACAGUGUGUGUGUAGAUAACAUCCAUCUCAACUUCAACUUCUCUGGAUCCCUCAUCGAGGUGGGCAUUGCACAGGAGAUGAGUGUGAUGGUGAGUGUGGAGAACAGAGGAGAGAACUCCUACGGCACUCACAUGUUUCUCUCCUACCCUCCUGGUCUCUCCUACAGGACCUUCAUCAAGAGCCAGGGCAGGGUGGAGUGCACUUCUCUAGACAGUACAGAUGGAGUCACCCUGGGAAAGGCGGACUGCAGCAUCAACAGACCCAUCUUACGGGCUGGAGACAAGGCUAUGUUUGUUGUUGUGUAUGGAAUCGAUGGCAGCAGUGACUUUGAUGAAACCCUUACCAUUGACGCCCAGGUGUCAAGUGGAAAUGAUAUGCACUCUAACGACAGUGAACCAAUCCAGAGCAAAGACAUCGCAGUCAAGUACAGCAUUUACGCCCUCAUCAGAAGAUUUGAAAACACAACCAACUACAUCAACUUCACUGCUGGUAACAAUAGCAUGGGGAAGGAAGUGAGGCAGGAUUUGGAGGUAACAAACAGCAUUAGAGGACUCAAUCUUACUGUUGUAAUUCAUGUUCCAGUAAGACUCCAAGAUAAAGAUAUCUGGACCGAUGUGGACAGCCUUAACAUCACAGGAUGCACCAGGGAGGGUGAGCUGGAACCAAACAUAACCAAUUUUAAAGAGACCCUGCUGAAGAACAAAGAACCUAUUGUGGACUGUUCUGUUGCCGUGUGUCUGGAGUUCAGAUGCACCUCUUUCAUGUUGAGAGGUGACCGCCAAUUUUACACAGUCUCAGGAAACGUGAGCUCAGGAUGGAUUGAGCAGACUGGACUGCGUUCUGCAAUGUUUCACCUGGUCAGUUCGGCCACACUGGAGUACGAUGACAGGAAGUACAUCUUCUACUCCUCGGACUCCUCGCGCCUCGCGCCUGUCACCAAGAUUGAGACCCUUGUGGAGGUCUAUGAGGGGCCAGACCUAACUAAGGUGAUCAUUGGUGGAGCCUUUGGUGGCCUGUUUCUAUUGGUUAUCAUAACGGGGGUUCUUAUCAAGGUGGGAUUUUUCAAAAGUCGCUACGAGAGGCUGUUGUCUGAAGCAGAAGCAGCAUCUCAGAAAAAAGACUGAGAAUGAUUGUGUGUGUGUAUGACAAAAUGCUUCACAAAAUAACUGACAACAUAAAUGACAACAUACAUUAGUUGUGUUUUGUAGUAUGUUGCAAACUGUGACAGAAACAAUGCAUACAAAAGCAUUUAAAAGAAUUUUUAAUAACAUAUUUUAUAAGUCUUACAAAGACACUCAUUUCUAAAUUAAUUGCCAUAACAUGUUUUAGCAAUUUGAUUUCACAACGCUUAUUAAAUGCAUUCAUUUGUACUCAAUAAAAAUAUAAAUAAAUCUGGAGAACACGUCACUUUA